GAUCUCAAGCUACAAGUAUGCCAUACGAGGUUAGAGCCAGCAGACUGGGUUGGAUCAAGUAUCUCUAGCUAGUCUGCUAUUCUAUUGAUAAGAACAGUGGACCCUUCCAACUUCCAACGUCCAAAUCCGACAGACACCUUGGGAUUGGAAAGAAUAAAGGACGCGAUGGAUACCGGUAUGCUAAUAACAAGAUGAGACUUUGGCAGUACCGGUACUUUCUCGAUGCGAGGAUCUCACCAUGGCGCCGCAUCCUGGCCGGUGUGGGUGCCUUGGUGCUUCUUGUCAUUUCUGGGACAUUGUACAACAAUAAUUCUACCACCACCUCAGCUUCGAGCGGCUCAUCUCGGGAUCCAAACAGUAGUGGCAUCGAUCAGGUUCAAGUCAAAAAUGAACAGACGGGCACUAUCAACGGCAAGAAGCAUACCAUUCGAAUAUUGUGCUAUGGAGACUCUUUGACGGCAGGUAUGGCACCGCCCAGUCGAGAAUACUGUCCCUACAGCCAAGCUUUACAGACGACACUGAAUGACAAUAACAACAACUCUGAUUAUUUUUUCUACCAAGCGGAUCACAUUGGACUUCCCGGUUGGACCACCACGCAAUUCUUGGCCGCGCUGGAUGACCCUCGCAAGGGAUUGCGCACAGCCCUACACAGCAGCCAACAUGAUGUUGACACCAAGCUUGUGAUUUUAUUGGCAGGGACCAACGACAUUCCACUUCUCGUGAGAAGCAUGAGCCUCACCAGUCAUCGAGAAGCAGACCACAGAGAAGGUCAUAUUCAAAAUGGAGCCUCAGUGCUCAAGAACAAUUUGAUUCGGUUGCACGACGUUGUUCUCGCCGACCACACAAUGCAUUCCAUUGCCUUGGCAAUUCCUCCUUCGGGCCGUCAACUGACUGAUCUGUCUGCCGCACGGUUGGUUGACCAUGCCAAUGAACAACUGCAACAAUCCUCCAGAACCACCCCUUACAAUGAUACCAUGACCUUUGUGCCAUUUCCCAUUUCAUACGAUGAAGCCAAUGAGCAUUUGUGGUCUCCGGAUGGGCUGCAUCUCAACUGUGAAGGAUACGAGCUUCUGGGGAAAACAUUGGCUCCAAUUGUCAGGGAAGUAUUGGACAAGGGACGAACCUGAGAUUGCAUGGGUACUACUUGCGUGAUGGUCAGCAUAGGUUGGUUUGUAGUUUCUCUUGUUGAGUACAAAAGGGUGCUUACUCUUCCGACGUCCUGAACGUAGCGAAAGUGGCCUUGUCGUGAUGGCGCAAUGCAACGACAUGUAUGACAUUGUGUGGAAGGUGACGUAGCUUUGCCAAUACAGGAAUCUCAAGUCAAUUGGAUUCUAUUCACUGUUUCUUGUUUUCGCACUGUUGCUGUACCAGUACUGUAAUAAUAGCAGAUUUGUCCCCUCUGAGUCAAAUCGCGCGGGCUCAAAGUCAUGGAUACUCAUGAAAAUGCAUCUGGGAUAAGCAUGGUCUGUGACCUUUCAGGUGUAAAUCAAUAUAAUUAUUGAGCUUUAUAAGAUCUGUUUUUGCCAU